CUCAAGACGGAACCAAGGGAGGGCAGGGAGGAACCUGUGGAACUUGUUUAUGUCCUAUUGUUAUAUAACCUGAACCUAUAUAAAGUGUGUAAGUAAGAAUAAAGUUGUUGCUCGCGGCAUCCCCGUGGGCAACCCUCCUGUUCCCAUACUUUUAUGUUUCAUUCUCUUACCCUCAUCCCUGUUCGACCUUGCACGCGGGCCGUGACAAGUGGCGCCCGAACAGGGACCUGAGCACAUGAAAGAGGAUCCUAGACACUGACGUUGCAAACAUUCAGGAUGAGGAGACGCCGCGCUGGCUCCCGCUCCGAUGCGUCCGCAUUAUCCGUGAUGGUUUGCAGAAUGAGGCGGCUCCAGAUCCGCUCCGGGAGGACGAGGAGACGCCCCGCCUCGGAUCAGAGGAAAAUAACAUGGGGAGACAUCAAAGCCCUGAUCGCUCGAGCUGAGGCCACCGUGCGUGAGUCGGGCCAGCCAGUCACGGCUAUUGCCCUUUUUCUUGCCAUGCUAUCACUCUUGACUCUUGACUCUGCCCAGACCUCUCCUUACUGGGCUUUUGUCCCGGACCCUCCUACCGCGAGGGCGGUCACCUGGAAGGAUCCCUCACCCAAGGUGUUUACUAACUUCACAGACAUUUUUGAUGGGCCUGAGAUUUCCGGCCUCACUCAUGCCGUGGCGCCUUUUAACUGGACCAGCCUGGCUUCUGCCCCCCCCAUUUGUUUCCAGGCCAUCGAUGGCCCUGAGGCACCCCAUUAAGGAUGCGUGGUCACUUCACCAGUCUCCCGAAGAAUCCGCUCUUGGUAUGGAACUGAGCCACCUAGAGGAGACACUUUGACACCUCAUGUAAUGGUGGAGAAUUGGGACAUCAACGAGGUUGUCCUUCAACAUCGACGGCCCCUGCCUGUUGGCCGUUUCGGACCCACUUCCAGAUCCCUUGAGACCCCAUACCUUGACUAUCCCCUCUGCAAAUCUGACUUAACGUGGAAAACCUACGGACCCUCUUGGAAGACCUGCGUUCAUCACAACCCAGAGAUUGUGACUCCCCAUGGCAUACCUGAUACUUAUAUAAUUGACUGGUCAAAAGACGGGGAUCUCCCUUUGCG